GCAGUUCGCCACAUGUUCCACUGUCCACGUUUCAGAACAUGUUGGAUGCGUGUUUAUAACGUUAUCUUAUGAUUUUUACGCGCCCUUUUUUCCGCGUGUUGUAUAUAUAAGAAGAAAAGUGAUUUGUAGUAAACAAGCUUACCAAUAACGAUUCAAGACAUGGACAUCUGUUUAAAUGUAACGGCGGAUCCAGUCACGAGGAAGAACACGCCGAGACGAACCGAGUCUUUCAAAACCUCAAUUAAAAGAUUAAAGAGUCCUUUCCACAAAGAUGCAGUACCAGGUAGCAGGGAGUCAAAGAGACACGCGAACACGCAAGAGAUGGGGCACAAGAAAAGAAUUAAACAGAAGUCACUAUCAGCUAUCUUUUCCAGGAAGUUGAAUGAAGCAAACACUGCCAGUCGAAACGUACAGCAGCCUCAAGUUCCAUCUCAGGGUAAAGGCGUAACAGCGAAAGCUGCAGAGUCAAAAAAAAUUGAACAGUUUGAUGCAACAAACAAGAAGAAUGUGAAAUCUGAUAAGAUUUCUUCUACUGUGACCUCUGAUUCUACAAAUGAAUCAACUGUAUCUUUUACAAAAGCAACAAAAGGACAUGGUAGAGUGCCAUUGGCGAAAAAGAGAGAUAACUCAACGGUUCUACCGAAGAGAUCAGUUUCUCCUAUAUUUUCAAGUCAACUAAAAAAACUGAAUAAAUCAGAUAUACUAAAUUUGACUAAAAAACACGACAUUCCUAAAAGUAAUUUUAAAUCGAGCAAGAAAUCCAAAGUAGCUAAGGAGGAGCCACCAGUUUUAAAAUCUGACAAGAUUCUUCCCACUGUAAACUCUGAUUCCACAAAUGAACCAACUGUAUCUUUUACAAAGGCGACAAAAGAACAUGUUGGUAGAACACUAUUGGCGAAAAAGAGAGAUGAGUCAAAGGGUGAAUCGAAGAAAUCACUUUCUGACAUAUUUUCGAGUCAGUCAAAAAAUCAGAAUGAAUCAGAUACUCCAAAUUUAACUCAAAAAGAUGAUACUUCUAAAGAUAAUUUCAAAUCAAAUAAGAAACACAAAGUAGUGGCUAAGGAAUUACCUGUUUCAAAAAACACAAAAGAGACAGAUAUCUCGAAUAAAAAGAAAGAAAUAAAACAUAAAAAGAAAAUUGUAAAUAAUAAAGAAUCAGUCAAAACUUCAAAAUUAAUGAACAAAGCUAGUGGAAAAAUUUUUUCCUUGUUCGGCAAUAAUCCCGAUGUACCAACCAUAGGCCAGCGAUUUGUAAAACCAGUAAAUGAAACAGUUUUUACAGAAAUUACUUUCGCACAUCUCAAUAUUCAUCCGUUUAUGAUAUCGAAUUUAGAGCAAAAUAUGGGCAAAACUAAAAUGACAACAGUUCAACAAAAAGCGAUCCCUCAAAUAUUCUCAAUUAAGGAUGUUUUAAUAAGAUCCCAGACAGGAUCUGGAAAAACGUUAGCGUAUGCUUUACCCAUUGUUGAACUGUUACACAAAAUUAGGCCAAAAUUAAAUAGAAAUAGCGGUUUAUCGGCCCUCGUUGUUGUUCCGACAAGAGAAUUGGCCUUGCAGACGUACGAAUGUUUUAUAAAACUAGUUAAACCUUUUACGUGGAUCGUACCAGGCUACAUAAUUGGUGGAGAAAAGAGGAAAGCAGAAAAAGCUCGGUUACGAAAGGGAUGUAAUAUAUUAAUCUCUACUCCCGGUAGAUUAUUAGAUCACAUCAAGCAUACAAAGGCGUUGAGAUUAAAUGACGUUAAAUAUUUCGUGUUAGAUGAAGCUGAUAGAAUGCUUGAUAUGGGAUACGAAAUGGAUAUUUCUGGGAUAGUAAGUGCUUUGAAAGUAUCUUGCUCUAAUAAUGAAUCAGGAUACGACGCUAUGAAAAUAUUUAAGCAAAAUAGUAAGAAAACAGAUAAAGAAAUUGAAGAAAAUUUAAAUGAAGAUGAUGUGAAAUCGAAAAUAGAAAAAAAUAAUACCGAUAGUAAGAAACAGAAACAAACAAAUCAUUCGAGUGACGACAGCGACAACGAUCAGGCAGCUAAUAUCAUUCUGUCGAAAAAAAGAAAAAAAAAUACAAAGCACUUCGGUAUCAAUCAAGAAACGAAAGCGGAAAAUGUGAAAGUGGAAAACAUCGAUCAGGAUUGUGAAAAUCAAUUGAGAAGGCAAACAAUUUUGUUGUCCGCGACUUUGACACAUGCCGUGGAAAAAUUGGCGGGUCUCACGAUGCACGAUCCGAUUUUCGUUGACGCGGCUAAAGAGAAUUUAGAGGCGAGCGGGGGAGACACUGAGACGAUUAACGAAGACCUAAUAGUUCCGCAAAGCGUAAUUCAGAAUUACAUAGUCACCCCGCCCAAAUUAAGAAUGGUCACUCUAAGCGCUUACAUCGCCGGGAGAUGUCAGACUUCUGGGCAGCAUAAAAUGCUGAUUUUUAUGGCCACACAAGACAUGGUAGAUUAUCACACCGAAAUAUUGUCUUCUGUCCUUACGAAACCAGUAGACGACGAUGACGAGGACUCCGAUCCGCUGGUUGACGUAGAAUUCUUUAAAUUACACGGCAAUAUGACGCAGAAAGAAAGGACAGAGGUCUUCAGAACUUUCAGUCAAGCGAAUAGUGGAGUACUACUGUGCACGGAUGUCGCAGCUCGAGGAUUAGAUAUGCCGAAAGUAGACUGCGUCGUUCAGUAUACCGGUCCGAUUUCGGCUAGAGAUUACGUUCACCGAAUCGGUAGAACCGCGCGCGCGGGCUGCUCCGGCACGGCGACAAUCUUCCUGACGCCCGCGGAAAUCGAGUUCGUGCGGAUGCUCGAGUCGAGGCGCAUCAGAAUCAAGCAGCAGGACAUGAACGAUGUCCUGAACAAGCUGCUGGGGCCCCUUUCCAGGCACAGCUCCGUGCAGGCAGCGGCUGUCGCCCUCCAAAACGACUUCGAAGAUUUAGUGUUGGAGAAUCAGCAACUUGGCGCGAACGCGUGUAAAGCCUACGUCUCCUGGGUGCGUUUCUAUUCAAGUUAUACGCGCGAUAUGCGCGAGAUAUUCAAUCGAAAGGAGCUUCAUUUGGGUCACUAUGCCAAGAGUUUCGCGUUGAGGGAUCCGCCGCAACGAAUCGGCGGAAUCGGCAAGAAGCUACACGAGAAAGAAAUCUCGAGACCAAGACACAAUAACCGUCUAUCGAACAAGCCAUCUGACGGGGUGCCGCAAAAGAAGCAGAGGACCGGCGACGGCGGGCAAAGAACGGGGUUGUUGAAGAGGGUCAGAAUGCUCAACACCUCCGAAUACGAUAGCGGCCUCGAACCCCCGAAGAAGCCAAAGAAGUAGUCCCCGUCGCGAUUGUACAUUGGCUCGAUUGUACAUGUGUAAACAGGAACAGCGAUUUCACGUUUAUGAUUCGCUCCCUGUGAACACUCGCAACACUCGCAUGUUUUAACUUUCUUUGCGUAAAAAUUUUUUGGUUGUCUUGGUUUUUAGUAUUUUUUAAACGAUAGGAAAAUGAAAGGUUACGGAAUUCAGAGAGUAAGAAAGCUUCUUCGCUUCGAAAAGAGGAGAAAGGGGAAAAAAAAUUCUUGAUCGAUCGAUUGGAUCGACAUGGAGAUCGUUGGCGGGAAAUCUCGACGGGUAUACUCGAAGAUAACAGUGUGUUUCAAACGAUUCCAAAGUCGGAGAAAGGAGGGAAAAGUACUUCUCAUAGUAUUAAAGAGGAGAAGUUCAGAACAAUAGUAAUGAUAGAGGAAGAACUUUAUAGUUGUUUAUAGAUAGCUUCGUGCUCGUAUCAGCUCUUGAUUCACACACGAGUACUCCUCUCGACAACGAGCUAAUACAUUUGAUCAACAUUGGCGCAGGAUAUCAAAUACAAGACCCAGAAUACAAGGUAAGAAUUUUUUACGCAAAGAAAGUUACGCGGUAUUAUUGUAAAGAUAGAAAGUUGCGAUUAGUUAGCGAUAACUAUUCAGAAAUUGAAUAAACGAGAGAUAAAGAUGAGAAA